UUUGACAAUGACACGUCUUUUUUUCUACGCGAAGUUGUCAACUUGCGUCGUGUUGGAAAAAUUGCAUGUCGCUAUGUUCAGUCACGUCAGUUCUCGAAAUAAAUAAAUUGAACAUGGCUGAUACCGAGGGACAUAAACAUCGGGAAGUGAAUUUCCAUGAGAGCGAAGUGAUAGAGAAGCCAGCACCGCCGGCCGCGCCCACCGGCCCGCGCGGCGUGCAGGUCGUCAACACAGGGCCCGACCACACGUUCAUACUCGACGAAGAGGCCCUAAAGGAGUUACUACACGAUGAGGACAUCAGGGAGCGAGCCGUGGUGGUCGUGUCCGUGGCCGGGGCCUUUAGGAAGGGGAAGAGCUUCCUGCUCGACUUCUUCCUCAGAUAUAUGCACCACAAGUACGGCAGUGGCGGCGGCGGCGGCGACUGGCUGGGAGCGCCCGACGAGCCGCUGCAGGGCUUCAGCUGGCGCGGGGGCUCCGAGCGCGACACCACCGGCAUCCUGAUGUGGUCCGAGAUCUUCAAGGCUACACUAGACAACGGGGAGAAGGUGGCGAUAAUCCUGCUGGACACGCAAGGCGCGUUUGACAGUGAGUCGACGGUGCGCGACUGCGCGACCGUGUUCGCAUUGUCGACCAUGCUGUCCUCAGUACAGAUCUACAACCUGUCACAGAACAUUCAGGAGGACGACUUACAACACUUGCAGCUGUUCACGGAGUACGGCCGGUUGGCGUUAGAGGACAGCGGUCGUACACCUUUCCAAAGGCUUCAGUUCCUGGUCCGGGACUGGAGCUUCCCGUACGAGGCGGCGUACGGCGCCGAGGGCGGCAACACCAUCCUGCAGCGGCGGCUCAAGGUGUCAGACAAGCAGCACCCGGAGCUGCAGUCCCUGAGGAAGCACAUAACGUCGUGCUUCUCCGAGAUCGCGUGCUUCCUGCUGCCGCACCCCGGCCUGCGCGUCGCCACCAACCCGCAGUUCGACGGCCGGCUCGAAGACAUAGAGCCUGAAUUCAAGCGGUCACUGCAGCAGCUGGUGCCCAUGCUGCUGGCUCCACAGAACCUCGUGCCCAAGCUCAUCAACGGCCAGAAAGUCAAGGCCAAGGAGCUGGUGCAGUACUUCGUGUCUUACAUGAAUAUCUACAAGGGCAAUGAGCUGCCCGAACCAAAGAGUAUGCUGGUGGCGACAGCGGAAGCGAACAACCUGACAGCCGUGGCCGAGGCCAGAGAAGUGUACACCACGCUCAUGGAGGAAGUGUGCGGCGGCGCCAAACCUUACCUGCAGACACAGCUGCUGGAGGCGGAGCACGGCCGGGUCCGGGACAAGGCGCUGCACGCCUUCCACUCCAAGCGGAAGAUGGGAGGGGACGAGUUCAGCCAGUCCUACUGCGAGCAGCUCGUCAGGGACUUGGAGGAACAAUUCAAGCAGUUCAGCGCGCACAACGAGAGCAAGAACAUCUUCAAGGCGGCGCGCACGCCCUCCGUCUUCUUCGCCAUCGCCAUGUUCUUCUACGUGCUCAGCGGCAUCUUCGGCCUCGUCGGCCUCUACCCCAUCGCCAACCUCUGCAACCUGGCCAUGGGCGUCGCGCUGCUCACGCUAGUGCUCUGGGCGUACAUCAGGUACAGCGGAGAGAUGCGGGAGCUGGGCGUCACCAUCGAUGACACGGCCAACGUGCUUUGGGAAAAUGUAAUGAAGCCGCUAUACCAAGCCGGCUUGGAGAAGGGCAUGGAGCACGCCGCCAAGGCCGCCGCCGAGAGCGCGCUGGGCCCGCCCUCGCCCUCCGUCAACGGCAAGCACAAGCAGUUGUGAUGCCCGCCCAGACUGAGACGGCGCAUCUCGAGGGUAUCCACCCCGCACGGGGCGGAGCGAGACAGGACACGUGUCUGCGUUGGGUCUUUAAACCGACGGUUAGUGAGGCGACAUAUCGAUGACAUAUCACCAGACGCGCGUAGGGUUACCGGUUUAGUUCGGAUUUUAAACUUGUCGAUCCCACUUCUGAUGUCGGAUUUGUUUUAAAAGGCCUUAUGCUGAUGGUAAUCCUAUAUGUGAAUGUGCGAGUGAAGGGGUACUGACGGAUAUAUUAUCCGGAUUUUUAACUUGUCGAUCCCAUUGAUGUCGCCUACCUUUUUAAAAUGCUAAUGAUGACCCCAUAUGUAAAUGUGCGUGUGUAUGGUUACUACACUUGGAGUACUGACAGACGUAUCCAAAAUUUUAAUGUGUCGUUUCCACUCUGAUGACGGAUGUAUUAAAGUGGUCUUUUUAAAAUAUUAAUGGUAACCCUAGACGUAUGUAAAUUUGCUUCUGUAGGGUUACCAUCAGUACUGUUAAGGAUAUGUAGAUUUUAACGGUGUCGAUCCCACUUCUGAUGUCGGAUAUUGGACAGUAACCCUAUAAUGUAAAUGUGUGUGUGAAUGGACCCACGCCUUAUGUCGAUUAGCCGGUAAGUGUACGGUUCAUUAUAGAGUUAUCGAUGUUUUUGAAGCGUGCGGUGGCGGAUUGUGUUCAUGUCGAGUGCGUAGACAAUUGUAAGGGUCUCUAGUUUAUAGUGUAGGAAAAUUAAUUGUUGCUUUAUCGACUCUUAUCGAGUCGAUCCUCGGUUAGACUAAAACGAUAUUUUAAUAGUUAUUGACCAACCGGCGAACCAACUUUUUUUUAACUUGAAAUAUCAGACGGUUUUAGUAGGUUUAUAAUACAAAUAUAGAAUAAUUAUAUAUAUUUUAUAAAUCGCGAGCCCAUUUAAGAGUUUUAGAAUAGUAGCACAAAAAAACGAAUAUGGUCACAUUAAGUAAAUCGAAAAUAUCAAACGGACGGUUUUUGAAUCACUUGUUGUAACGCACGGGAGUGUGGACGUACUUAAAAUAUUUUUAAGAAUUUCUAAAUUACUCUAAAAUCUAGUAUCAAUAGUUUCAAGUACUGUCAAAAUGUAAAUUUCUUUAUGGGGCAAUUAAUGUAGUCAUCCAAACCCCUAUGUAAAUAAUGUUCGGUAGCAACCAAGUUUUCUAAAGUGCCAAUAUAAAUCUAAUCGUUCCCGUAUUGGCCAAAACUCUAUCAAAAUUUGGAUUAUAUUUGUUGAAACUUCAGAGUUUAUUUUGUUAGUACGUAGCGACUUGUAGAGUAGAUUCAGAUCUAUAUAGUUCUUCACAAGUAGCUUUUCUUGCCACUAUGGUUCAUAUAAAGGAAAAACAGUCAAGGUAUCACAAUAACUAGGUUGUGAUGUGUCCGAAACAAUCAUAGGCAUAGAAAGUGUAUAGGUUAAACAACAGACCGUGUUCUCUUGCUCAAUUUGUGAGAAUAUCUACCAAAAUUACCAGCAUAAGCUUUCAACUGCCUGACUUUAUAUCCGUAUGAAGCCUACAGAUGCAGUGCAUAAUUAUUUUCUAUCGUAUUUUCUCGGAAACGUGCGAACGUGUCUUGCUAUUUCAGUUAGUCUCAGUACAAAAAGUACUGAGGUUGACUGAAUGAGCAUGUCAAAUACGACCGUUUCCGAGAAAACGCGAUGGUAAACACAUUUGUACCCUAUUGUAAAUAAAAGCCAAAAGUGCCUAAACUUCCAUUCAGUAAGUUAAGGUAAAAUAUGAGAGUAGGAUAGAGGAUAGACUCCGCUGUGCCAAAGCAAUUCUGUUCAGUUCUCCGUCCCUUUCUGUCUGAUCAUUUUGGCUUUUUAACAUCUUCCAUCUCUUUCGUAGGAACUAGUCAAACUUUGACUGCUACGCGCAUGACAAUAUAGUUUCGUAUGUAUGUUGUAUUCAUUUAACAUUUUACCUAAACAUUUGUCAAAUUAAUAUUCAAUUCUACUUUUCUAUUUGACGUUUGUGUAGGUGAAGAAUUUAUAUGUUCUUAUGAAUUAUGAGUCCAUAAUUUUAACUUAGGAUAUGUCAGUUUCAUUAUAUUAACUAGAUUUUAAUUGUUAAAGUUUAGAUUUGGUAAAGAACUUGUUUUGUAUAAUAAUCAUGUUCGAUAUGUAUAUCGGUUUACAAAUAUUAUGUCACUGGUUAUUGUUUAAAAAUUAACGUGGUUUGGUUAUUGUUUUAUUUGUACUAUAUUUCGAUUUUAAAUUCUUGCACACGGAGUCAUAGUGAGGAUGACUCGUAGUUUAAUUUUAGGGUUAACAGCUAUAGUUCUGGUCGAAGCAAGUAGGAACGAAUAAAGAACUUGCUUGGUUCAAUAACUAUGGCUCGCACGCCUCCUCGCGGGCCGAGCAACCCAGAGCGUCAAACCAUUUAAUAUACAAUAGUACAAACUUUUUAUUGAGCGCUAUGUUUGAGACAUGAUACAUAGAUUUUACAUCUCUAAGCUGUCCAACAAACGAACAGACAAGAAGAGUGGAUAACCCCCUGGUACACAAGUCUAAUCGAACAUAACGAAUGUUUUUGAUCUUGUUCAAUCAGUUAAAAAAAUUUAACUCUCCAUUAAGGGAGUCACCACAAUGUUGUUUCUAAACCUACAUGAACCGACAAGGAAAAGUUCCAUGACAAUAUCAGAAGGACGAUAAAAACAUUUAUCCCGUUUUGGCUCAGAUGAUGCGACCCUAAUUUGGUCAGUAACAUAUUGAGCGAUAUAUAUAUUUUUUAUUUGUGUUCAUCUCUUGCGGGCUUACAGAUACAGGUAACCCCAAAACGCUCACAAGAUAAUACAACCAUACCAUAGAAACAUAUGUGUGUGGUAUACUAUUAUGUAUGGUGACACCCUAAAGGUAUCGGCUUAACAUAUAUGUUUAUUGUCUUCCGUACGGUUGAGACGCUCUGUCGGUUUCCGGCCAAAGCUAAUCCUUCUGCUCAAUUUCACUCGUAGUAAGUAAAAUGUUGAACAAGAUGUUAUUUAUGUUGCGCCGGACUAUAUAAGUGUUGUUGUAAGUUUAUUUGGAACAGUAGCGUAAGGCACAGGUGUUGGCGGGCGCUUCGCUGUGGUUCAUACUGUGAUGGCCAGUGUACUGUUGUUCAAUUGAAGACUUAUAGGCUCCCUUUAUACAUAUUUUAGAUGUACAUAAGGUUCUUUUAGCUUUGUACCAUAGGAUUUAUACUCCAGUACAAAGCAAAUUUUGGUUAUUAUUUUAAUUUCCUUUUUCAGUUUUAGUAAGUUUCUUUUUAGCCAACGUAAAUCUUAAUGAAAUUUGGAAAUUAAGACACCAAAUCUUUGUGUAUAUUUAUAAAAAGUCAGACAAUAUAGAAAAUUCAAAUUAAAAUGUUAAAAACUUUGCAACCUUUUACUGAUUAUUUUCGCCAACGAAAUAAAAAAAUAACAUGAACCUUUUUGUUAGUCCUACAGCGAAGCGCCCCCGGCCGUCCCAGCUCACAGUGUAAGCAAUAUGCGAGAGGACUGUUUCUAUGCGUUGCCUGUUUUGUGCCAUAACUGCGGGCACUCACCCCGCACACCAAGUUUAAAACAUUAUUUUCAGUGGUAUAAAUACUAUUUUGAAAUGGCAAUAAUGACAUAUCUACUUAAGGCUAAUCCUAGUUUUUAUAGCCCAGAUAUUGAAAUGACAUUACGAUUGCCCUAGUUUAGUGUCACCCCAAAAUAUAUUUUUUAAGCGUCGACGUCUGGUCAACGCUAUGAAAAAUGGCGUCGCUGUGCAGUUGCGCCAACGUUGCGUCGACUAGCAGCUAUAGAUAUGAGUAGACGCCGACACUCGGAAGACGCUGGUAUGGACGGCGGGCAAAAUUGGUACAAAAGCAUUAUGAUUGGGGUGUAAUGCAUGUAAUCGAAUUGUCAUUUAAGUAUCUUGCAAAUAAAAAUAGUUUAAUAUUGAAAUUUAUCUAAGUUUGUACAAAAUUAUAAUUUGAAGUGAUGAAGGUGUGCCGAGUCAGAUGCCCGCAGUGCAGAUUGUCAGAUAUCAUAUUUAUUUAUAUAUUUUAUUAAAGUUUCGAGUGUUGGAGAGUUUUACGCGAUUUGACAAACCACGGCUUCUGGCAAUCGACGCUUUGGACACUUUCGCUUGUAGUAUAAUUUUGCUCGUUGCAAAUUGGACUCUGUCGCGGGGUACUAAGUCGGGUUUUCCCGCGCGACGCGGGCUAGACUAUGUACAUGGUUUCGGAUAGGUUAAUUACGAUAACUGUACGCAAUGUAUUAAUAAAGAUCUUAUUUUUA